CAAACUGCACACAAGAGAGAGAUGAGCUACAAACCAAGAUUAACGGCCUCACAGAAGAGAGAGACAAGCUACUUACUAACAUUACCCACCUCACAGAAGACAGGGAAGGGUUACAAACCAAGAUUAACGGCCUCACGGAAGAAAGAGAUCAGCUAAUAACAAAGAACAGAAAUCUGCUGAACGAGAAUCUUCAGCUUAAAAAUCUACUUUUUUGUAAAAAAGAUAAAUGGAUUUAUUAUCAAUCCAGUUUUUACUACAUGUCCAGCGAGACAAACAACUGGUCUGAGAGCAGACAAGACUGUCUGAAGAGAGGAGCAGAUCUGAUCAUCAUAAACAACAGAGAGGAACAAGAUUUUGUUACGAACAUUACUGAUAAGAGAGAAUUCUGGAUCGGUCUGAUGGACAGUGAUGUGGAAGGCACUUGGAAAUGGGUUAAUGGCAGCACACUGACCUCUGGGUUCUGGGCAUCUAGAGAGCCAAAUGUAGGAAGAAUAGAGAACUGUGCUGUGACGUAUUUAACACAGUGGCCUGAUUUAUUGGGGUGGCUUGAUGUUAGAUGUCAAAAUGCAUAUCGUUGGAUCUGUGAGAAGUCUCUGUGGCCCUACCAACAUGUGGUAAUUGGGGAAGGCUGGGGGGGGUGAAUGCUUUGAGGCAGGUCAAAGGCACAAAAAUUAAACAGUUUGCUUGUUAACACGAUUUCAAUGUGAGGGGGAAAAAAUAAAUCAAUGUCCGUUCUAUGAAUCCAGUUAGUGUUUCAAAGUGCGUCUUAAGAAUCAAAUACACAUUUGUAAAGGAUUUGAUCUAUUGAACAACACACACAAACAUACACUCAAACACACAGUUCCCUACUAGUUU